UCAGGAUUUUCAGCUUUUAUAGUAGAGAUUUAUUUUUCAUUGCUGAUUUUAAUACAGUGAAAUGAUAGACUGGAUUUGAAACGUAUAUUUUAAUAUGGGCAGGCCCAACUCUGGUAUGAUUGGAGAAUGGAUAGCAUGAGACACUUACAAAGUACACAAUGAGUGCCCCAGGUGGGUGUGUCAACUGCAGUGAUGGCUCGGAGAAGUCCGACCUGAAGCAUGACGCAGACUGCUCAGAGGGGGAAGAUGCUCAAAUUAGACUGGCACCCCAUGUUCAGGCAUACCUCGCUCACAACAGCCCUACAACCAACUGCUGUGGGCUCACCAUCCCCAUCGCCUUUGAAAGGGCUGCCCCUGGUACAUGGUGGAAUCCCAGAUUUGAUUCUGAAAUACUAGAAGGCCAAUAUAGACAUAGUUCCUUUAGACAAAUAAGAUUAAGAUUCCGAUUUGCACUUUUAUACAUUUUGAUAUUUUCUAUAUCAUGGUUUGUCUACUUUGUGGUCCUGGGUUUGAAUGGCAUGACAGUGAAAUGGCCAUUUCUGUGUUCUAUAUUUGCCGGAGUCCUGUUGAUAACAUCUGUCAUGUUGUAUGUCACAUUCACAGAUGUAUACAAGGGGUAUACAUUCAAGAUAUCCUUAGUUAUGGCCCUGGCGCUGUGCACUCUUAGCCUCUCACUCGUGACGCUCACCACACAGGCGCAGACCCACGCUGCCUCCCCGCGCGCUGACAUCAGCCAAUCAGGACACUUCAUCAUGUGCAUUGAAAUCCUGUUGAUUAUAUACACACUUACACCUCUACCACUUUUUGCCUGUGUUAUUACUGGAAUUUUAUAUUCAAUUGUUUUUGAAGUGUUGAACAUUGUGUUGCACCUGACUGAACAGGAAUGGCAAGGGCCCGGACUGUUUGUGAGGGUCCUGUUGCAGCUGUGUGUGCACAUUAUCGGUAUCCAUAUAUAUUUAAUGACAUUUGUCAGAAUGCGCGGUACAUUUAUGAAAGUAGGUCAGAGUCUGUUGGUGCGAAGGCAGCUAGAAAUGGAGAAGCAAUUGAAAGAGAAAAUGAUACAUUCAGUGAUGCCUCCGAAACUCGCGAGCUGCCUUAUGGAGGAGCAAGUUUUGGAAUCAGAGCCUAGUCUGAAGAAUCAUCACGAUCCACUUAACGCGAGGCCUUCUAAUCCCGGAGCGGGAGAUAUUAAGUCACUGUUCCGACCAUUUAACAUGAGCUGUAUGGACAAUGUCAGUAUUUUAUUUGCUGACAUUGUCGGUUUUACGAGAAUGUCCAGUAACAAAGGUGCUGAAGAGUUAGUGAAUAUACUGAAUGAUUUGUUUGAGAAGUUUGACGAGCUGUGUCAGAUACACGGGUGCGAGAAGAUCUCAACGCUCGGCGACUGUUAUUAUUGCGUGUCGGGCUGUCCGGAGCCGCGGCCCGACCACGCCACGUGCUGCGUGGAGAUGGGGCUAGGUAUGAUAGACGCUAUCCAAGAAUUCGACCGAGAGCGCGGCGAGGGAAUCAACAUGAGAGUGGGCGUGCACACAGGAACUGUGCUGUGCGGGAUCGUGGGCACCCGGCGCUUCAAGUUCGACGUGUGGAGCAACGAUGUGUCCUUCGCCAACAAGAUGGAGUCCACCGGCAAGCCUGGACGCGUGCACGUCUCCGAGGAGACCACAAGGUUCCUUGGAGGCUCGUAUGUUCUAGAAGAAGGCGAGGAAGUAUUCGGUCAUAAAACAUACUUCAUAGAGGGCCGUCAGCUGAGCUCCCCGUACGACCACGAGCAGUGCCUCACCCCCUCCAACCCCGUCAACUUGCGCCUCAUCAUCUCCCCCGCAGCUUCCCCUCAAUCCGUCCUUUCAUUCAUGCAACCCCCCCGCUCUCCCCAGUCUCCGCAAGGCUUCAACGGCGCUCGAAAAUCGGACAACUUUCUAUCACCCGCCCCCUUCCAAUUUCGUGCUAAAGCUAGUUCACUACCCAGUAUAUUGGACUCCGAUGAAUUGGAUGAAAAAAGGGAGAAAGGGUUUCAGGAGAGAACCGACAGCUCGUCUAAAAGUCCUACGUCUGUAGGAAGUUACGGCAAGUACGCAAACAAGUUAAAGAAUUGGAGGGUGUCAAAAUUCUUAAGAAAACAUUCCGAUACCCCACUACACUCAAUAAAGAAGCAAGAAUUCAAUGAUGCCGACAAAACUCUUCAACUGUUAUCGCGCGGGGACGCACCGUCGACCAACGGUUACCAGCAAGUGCCUAUAGUGAUAGAAGCUCAAGAGACCAAAGCUAGGCCAACUAGUAGCAAACUCAAUACGCCUGUGAACCCUGACAUGGUGUCGUUUGAGAAGGAGAUUAUUGAUAUUCGGUCGUAUUUGAGCCAGUCUAGGAGCAACAUGUCACCGUUUGCGAGAAGCAGCAGUUACAGAUCGCAGUAUGGAAGGCCUACUAAUAUUGAUAUCCCCGUAUGCCGAGCCACGCAAGGCGAGCUAGUUCCACGCUGUCAGCCUGUGCCCCUCCGCCAGCCGCGCAGCGGGCGAGCUGCGCGCAGUGUAGCGUGCAGCUCAAGCGUCACGCAAGAGGAUUCUGUCAGCCUGUGCCCCUCCGUCAACAGCCGCAAGGACAGCGGCAUACGCAGCACCAGCCGCCGCUCCAGCAUACAGAAGCAGAUAUUUGCGCUGAACCACACGUCGAUCGCGGUGUCGCAGCACGACAUGAUGCAGCACCGCGUGUCGGGCUACUACACGUCCUCGCAGUCGUCGCUCAACGAGCCCGCGGCGCGCGCGCGCCUGCCGCCGCCGCUCAGCGACCAGCAGGUGCAGUCGCUGCAGAAGCUGCGCAAGCAGUCCGACCUGCAGCUCAUCCGCUGCGUGCAGGACAACGCCCGCUCCGGCAUCAACUACUUCGUCCAGCCGCCCCUCAACAGGUUCACUCUCUUCUUCAAAGCACCAGAAAUAGAAGCACAAUAUCGCGACAAAGCCCACCGGAGCGACGACUGCGAGGAUUUCCCCCCCACUCUUACCACCUCGAGAUUCAACACCGCUUUAGACAUCCUCGUCUCCGCUAUAAUCUUCCUGGCCGUCUCCGUUUCCAUAUUCGUUUUAUACCACGCGUGGAGACAGUGGAUCGGCUGGUUCGUGAUUUUCGCCCUCAUAGAGGCUGUAACGAUAUCCUGCUGCGUCUACCGACACUACUUGAAAUGGAAGACGAAAGGGAACCCUCCCGUCACGGACACGAUCCGGCGGUCCGUUAAGAUAUUUAGGAAACUAACCGCUUGGUUUCCGUGGCAUUUAUCGGGCGGGCUGCUGAUCAGUCUGCCGAUUCUGGCUAUUUUAAUAAAUUUCUCCUGUGAUUACACGACGAUGCCUAUUCUGAGGGGCGAGCAGUCCUUCUACGUGUAUCUGUUGUGCAUUAGCAUAGUCCAUUUCUGUAAUUUCACCCAAAUGAACUGGCUGGUGAAGAACACGUUGGUGACCGUCUAUGCCGGCCUGUUCUUGUUCCUCGCCGUGUUCGGGUGUCACGAAGUUAAUACUCAAUAUUUAGACUCUGAUAUUAUGCGGCCUCCAGUAGUAUCCGCUUUUUAUAAUAACUCAUUAAACGCGACCAAUGAUUACUCCGAUGACUGGUUAGAGAACAACAGUACCGACUCAGGCGAAAGCAUGAUGCAUAAGAUGCAUUUAACGGAGCUUUAUUUGGACGUAGUUUUGCUGCUAAUGCUGGUAUGGUUUCUGAAUCGAGAGUUUGAGAUCAGCUACCGGCUCAGUUUCUACAGCAACGUCGUGGCCAACCGGGACAAGCAGCGGGUUCAGAACAUGCGCAACCAGGCGGACUGGCUGCUGCACAACAUCAUCCCGCGCCACGUGGCCGACCAGCUCAAGAACACUGCCAAGUAUUCCGAGAACCACAAGGACGUCGGUAUCAUCUUCGCUAGCAUAGUCAAUUUCAACGAAAUGUACGACGAGUCGUACCUGAAGGGAAAGGAAUACCUGAGAGUUCUGAACGAGUUAAUAGCGGAUUUCGACGAGCUGUUGGAGAGACCGGAGUUUCAGCACGUGGAGAAGAUCAAAACGAUCGGGAGUACAUUUAUGGCGGCCAGCGGGCUCAAUCCGGACUUGAGGCACUCGUCCCGCGGCUCUCACGAUCAUCUUUACCAGUUGAUGGAUUUCGCUCUAGAAAUGCAGAAAGUCGUAGACAAUUUUAAUCAAGAUUUGCUCGAGUUCGAUUUCAUUCUUCGAAUAGGGUACAACUUUGGGGAUGUGACGGCUGGGGUUAUAGGUACGACGAAGUUGUACUAUGAUAUCUGGGGCGACGCGGUGAACAUCGCGUCGCGGAUGGACUCGACGGGCGUGGCGCAGCGCAUCCAGCUGGGCGAGGCCUGCAUCCCCGCGCUGGCCCCGCUGUACCAGUUCGAGCAGCGCGGCAGCGUCUACGUCAAAGGCAAAGACGACAUGAACGUUUAUCUCCUGGUCGGAAAGAAGGAACUCUAGGUAAAACAAACUAUUUAUAAUGAAAAGUAGAAUCUGUGAUUUAAUUAUAUAUUUGUUAUAUUAUAACUAUACGUAGCUAACGUAAUGAGGUUACAGUUUAAGAGAUGCUUUUGGGUCAUACACAGGUUUAGGAGAUUAGUUUCAAAUUAGAAAUGAGGUUCUUGCCUACAUAAUUCUCGGGAACUGGAGAAAAAUUUUCGUUUUAAACCUGUGUAUAACCCGCUUAUUUAUUGUGUGCAUUAAAAAAGUGAUAUAAUGGCUUAAAGAAAUACUCCAAAUGUAUAAAGGCUAUUAAUUUAUUGUUAUUUGGCUUAAACCUAACAUUCACUAUCCUGCUUGUAGUUAUGUAAUAGCGGAAGAUAGCUGGAUCUAUUAGAGCGAGAUGGUAUUGUAUUGUUAUGCUAAUUUUACACUGUACCAGGCAAGCAGGAUCGUGAGUAGAUAUAGGUUUUAGUGUGAGUGCGAGUGUGUGACGCGUGUGUGUGGAGUGAAACAAAAAUCUCCUUGCCCGCAUUCUCUAAUCUGUGACCAGUGCUCUAGUCCACUAUGAAAUUUCAUAAAACUGUAUAUUUGAGUGAAUAUUAUUUA